AUGUGUGACGAGUUCGCAUUGUUCAAAGCCCGCGCGUGGGGAGCUCGGCCACGCAGGAGGCUCAAUAUAAACCUGAGUAGGAACCAGCCCAGUCAAGAUCCGAUUCGAGAUUGGCGUUCUGUGAACAAACAACAGCCAUUUCCAGCACACAUCAUGGCGGGCAACUCCUCCCACCCUAUCCACAUCCACCCGGUCCGACCGCUCUACCGCUUCACUGCGACUGCAUUGGGCGCGAGCAUGUGGUUCUUCCUCAUGUACCGGGCCAAGAAGGAUGGUCCCGCUCUGUUGGGCUGGAAGCACCCUUGGGACCACUGA